AUGUCACAAUUCCAACAACAACUAGAAAAUAUCCCCGGAUAUGACAUUGCUAUGGAUAAAUACAACGAGGUGGCGGGCGAGAAGUUCAACACCAUCAAUCCCUAUCAGGAUGAGAACGAUAAGAGGAGAAAGCUCAAUCCAGACAUAUACCUGAAGAAAGAGCAGAAUGCAUGGAAGAAGAUCCAGAAACAAGCAUGGAUCGAUGAUAAAUGCUUCCUAGGUCUGUGUGGGGUAGGCAUGGAUUGUGGAGUCGGGUUAGCACCAGUGGCCUGUUUCUUCUUACCUGCUCUCGGUCCACUCAUGAUGUAUGUGGUACAUGCCCGGCUAAUAAACAUUGCAGAGAAGGAAUUCUUCAUAUCACACCAAUUGGAAGCCAAGCUCCAUUCCCAGAUCUUGUUUGAUUUGCUCAUUUCCCUCCCACCAGUGAUUGGCGGGUUCUUCACGUGGCUCAAUGGCUGUCUGACUAGAAACGCGGGCAUGAUCUACAAGCAUUUAGAGAAAUUGGGCAGAGAAAGACAGCAGAAUGAACGGCCCCAGUAUGUGGGCACUAGCGAUCAGCGGCAAGAACCGUUAUACCAAAGUCACGCCCGCUCUCAAAACUACAAUCCACCUCCACCAAAGAAAAAGAUGUUCAAAAAACAACCAGAAGAAGCCAUCCAGGUAUCUGCACAGCAACAGUCAGGCGUGCGGUAG